UGCUGUCUGCCUACUCGGCUAUUCUGCGUGGAGCGUCCAAGGUCUACGUCGUCGACCAUGUGAAAGAACGCCUUGCUCUCGCCGCUUCCAUCGGCGCCAUCCCGAUCAACUUUGCUGACGAAGACCCUGUCGCCCAGAUUCUGGCUCGCGAACCGGACGGGGUCAUGCGCACUGUAGACUGUGUCGGCAUGGAGGCGUUGAACUCGAGCCUUCAGAUGGACGAGAGCACUAUCACACAACAGAUGAUUGACGUGGCGCAUUUCAAAGGAGGCAUGGGCCAAUUGGGCGUGUAUAGUUCACAGGACGAUUCGCCUGGCGCACCGUACGGCAGCGACAUCUCGCCAACGAUUCCCUUCCCCGUCUCGUCCUUCUUCGCCAAGGGCUUGUGUUUCCGAACAGGAGCCGUUGAUCCCAAGCCGUACGCUCCGCAGCUGAUUGACCUUAUCAACAGCGGCAAAGCCCACCCAAGCUUUGUGAUCAGCGCAGUUAUUGGCAUCGAGGACGCACCAGAGUAUUACAAACGCUUCAAUGCAAAGAAGGAAACCAAGGUAGCCAUCCGCUUUCCGGAGUAG